CCUUCACCUCCUUUGUCCCCCCCGCGCGCGUCAUUGAGAGAAUAAUAAAAACCCGGCGUGAUCUUUGCAAACAUUUAGUUUCUGACCCCCGAAAAGUGCCUCGAACAUUGUAGAACGCGGCGGCGGCGGCGGCGCGCGCGCGGCCGGCGCGCUGAUCCACGACGCUUGACGUCUCUGCGGUGGCGCAGACGAAGCCCGCCGCCCGGCUGCUGCUGACAGACGCGAGCUCAGCCGAGCAGUCGACACUCAGUCCUGCAGGGAGGGAGGAAGGGCUGCGAAACGCACCACCCGAGCAACGACGCGCUGCGGCUCCACAGCAUGCUCCACCUCGCGCAGUCUUCCGUUAAACCCACGCGCCCAGCAGCGGUUUGAUUUGGCAUCUUCUGGGGAGGGGGGGGAACAUUCGCGACUUGCCUCUUUUCUGCGGAGGAGAACGCCGCUCUACCGGGAUGAUGUGGACCUCUCGCGACUCGGUUGGAUUUGUUUUCUUCGCCGGGGUCUGCGUGCAGUUGGGAUCCUCAUUUGAAGGUCGCUUCACGGACAUGCCCUCCAACAUGACGGUUAAAGAGGGACAGAACAUAGAAAUGGCGUGCGCCUUCCAGAGCGGAACCGCGUCCGUGUACUUGGAGAUCCAGUGGUGGUUCGUUAAAGCGCCGGAACCAAGCGACGGCGAGGAGGAGGUCAAUGCUGAAGAGAUGGAGAUGAUUCCAGAACCUGAUCCCGAUGACGAAGGCACAAAGAUAAGUACAGUGAAAGUCCAAGGCAACAACAUCUCACACAAGCUGCAGAUAUCCAGAGUCAGCAAGGUUGACGAAGGACUGUACGAGUGCCGGGUGACACGAGCUAACUACGGAGAGAUUGUGGAGUACAAAACCCAAGCCUGGCUGAGGGUCAACGUCACCGCCAGGCCACGGCGGCCACUGGUGCCCCCAAAGAAAAGCUCCCCGCUGCACCUGACGGACAAGAAGCCACGAAAGCCCAGCUCACCUCAUGGCCAGGACAGCAUGAGCUCAGACCAGAGGGUGGCCUCCACCUCCACCUCUCACACGUCCUCCGACACAGCUAAACACAGCCCCGGCUCAGGAACAAGAACACCAUCUACCUGUGGACUGGCUCUCCUCCUCCUGGCGUGUGCUUUGUUGAGGGAUGCCUUGUUAUAAUCCAAGAACUGAUCUCGUUCUCCUUCUGUUUGCUCUCAAAGUGAACAAGAAAACCGCCCUGGUCCUGUCCCCUACACCCCCCCCAACACACACACACACACACACACACACACACACACACUUGCGGGCGGCACAGUUGGCCAUCAUUUCCCUGCCACUGCUGCUCCCCCCCAUCACAUUGCUAUUAGCCACGGUAAACACCAGUCACCACCUUUUGGACUGACGACCUGACACCAUCUGAGGCGCAGGGCUCCGCUGGGGAAACGGACUCUGUGUCUUGUUGGAUCACUCUCAUGGAAGAAUGACUUUUCUUAUGGUUUCCCUGUUUCAGUUAAAAAAGUGUUGCUCAAAAGUGAACAAGAAAAAAAGGGAGGCUGUAUUUGUUGUUAUUCAUUAAAACACCUAGAAUUGCUGUAUGUGCUGUACACAUCGCCGAAACUCGCCAUAUAGACCAUGGAACUCCAUUGUGAAUAAACGCCCUCAAAAAAACAAAAGAAAUUAAAAUUCACUUUUUAAUUUAGAUUGUUAACAUUAACCAUGUGGUUAGAAAAAGGCUUAAAUUCACACUUUCCUUAAGCUACAUUGGAAAUGAUUUAAUGUGCAUACCUUCACAUCCUGUUAGUGCACAGGUGUGCAUGCUUAUUGCCUGACAGUUUAAAUAACUCAUUUGACCUGCACUCAAUGUGCAAGUCUGUUGGAUUUAGCUUCAUUUUAUUGUGCUAGCCUUGGUGUGCUAAAUAAACCGACAUCUCAAUUUGUAUCGCGCCCUCAGUAGGAAUGAAAAUGAUCCCAAUGUUCCAAUUCAUGCGUUUUUGGACAAUACAUUUGAAUUAACCUGCACAAUUUUCAAACGCAGUGCUUCCCUUCCUGUGCACCCCCCACACCCCCCCAGCCUCAUCCCUACUGAGGAUGAAUGAGAGUUUACCCACUUUGGAUCCGGGUACUGCUCUUUUCUAUUGUUUUGUACGCCAGCACACAAACACACACAUUUGUCUCAUGCAGAGUGGGUUGAGAUGCAGUGCAACACAAAGAGUCAACUUGUCAUCAACAGUGUUUGUGAACCGUGUCCCAGAGAAAUUAGUUGGCUUUGUGCUUUUCUUUUUUGCUUUUUUAUCCACACAGAGCAUUUAUAAGCAAAACGCUUUGACAAUCUGACACAAAUGCUUUUGUUUAUAGUGCAACAACAGAUACAGUAUAACCUGAAAGAAAUACAUUUUGUUAACUUUUGAGCUGAAAAGACAAUUGUGCAUCCUAAGAAACACAAAUACUCCAAUUCAAACGCAAAUAUCUAUGAAUAAUAGAGUAGUUGAUUUAUGUCUGAAGAAUCACACUGUAAGUGAAUGUUAUCCAUUGUGUCAUACUGCCGGAGUGCAGCAGUUGCCCUGCAAUAAGAUUAUAUUUUAUUUUGGUAGACGUCGACCUCAAAGCACUAUUUUUCUGCUCAGUUUAUUCCCUAAAAUUUAUACCGAAAUAAGGUGACAUGAAGCAUGAUUAUGUACUUUCAUGCGGUGUAUGUUAAAACUAACAUUCAUGCUUAACAUAGCGAUAUAAUUACUGUGUGCUGUGUGUUCUCAAAAAGCAACCUCACUCCAGCAACCCCCCCCAUGCCCCCAUACCCCCAUCCCUGUAUAGUUAUAGUUGCACUGCAUUCCCAAAGAACCGUUGGGGGAAAGCUGUAGAUUCAGCACCGUUUUCAAACUGGCCAUGCUUUGUCACGCUUUGGAGCAGCCCGGGAGUCGGGUGAAGGGACGACGGGAGGCCAUCCCGUCCUUCGCUCUAUUGGGUGAAUCUGGACCGUUAAUCCUGCCUCACUGUCACAUAAGUAUAAGCCAAUCUGCUGUGGCUGGAAAUCAAUCUCUGUGUUUUGAAAUGACAUGUUAUGUACAAUGAUUCUGAAUGUUUACUUUGCAGAAAAAGAAAUGAUACGCUUUAUUUUAAGGUAGAACUGGUUUUGGAUGUUGGUUCUAUUGGAAAUGUGCCCAAGCACUUUGGAGAGAGUGUGCACUGUCUGAGUGGACAGUUUGUUCAACGCUCAUGUAAAAAAUUAGAGAUCUGUACAACUUGUAGAUGAAAUAAUGAGCAUGUUAACGUUUGUUUUUUUAACAUCCAUUUGAAAAGGCAGACGCCAGUGAUGUUCUGUACUGUAACAAUGGUGUCAUGUACUCAUAAUCAAGUGUUAACAAGUCCAAAGUGGGUUUCCAUGACAAAAAAAAAAGAAAUUCUCUAUAUUGUUCUGAAUAUUAGAAGCAUCUCCUCCGUAAGGCUUUCAUUCUGGGGACUGGCUUCACUGCACGUCCUCGCAACAUAUUGAAUAACAAGGAGGGAGGAAUUGGAGUGGUGAUUGUUUAGGUAUAAUGAUUGGAGUGAUCAAUAAACGUAGUUGUUCUGAUA